UAGAAAACAUUUGUAAAAGGUUUUGGAAUCAAACGUCUUUACGGCUUUACGCCAUCUUUUCCCUCUAACCUCGUGGACUCGCACACAUACGCACAGUAAGCUCAUCAGCCAACAUUGGAGGAAAUCUACACGUUCUCUCUGAGGAUUUUCAAGCGAUCAUUUCUCACAAGAAACAAAAGUUCAUCUCUGCAACUACAGUAAAACUUCUUUGAAUGGCAUUAGUUAUAAUUUGUGGUCAACCAUGCAGUGGAAAGUCAAAAGCAGCCCUUUCCCUAUCUGAAGCCCUAAACAACACAGAAUCCAAACCAACACUCAAAAUCAUCAACGAAACUUCCUUCCAUCUCAAUCGAAACCAAACCUAUGCAGAAAUGACCUCAGAAAAAAACCUAAGAGGAGUCCUUAGAUCAGAAGUAGACAGAUCUUUAUCAAAAGACAACAUCAUAAUAGUAGAUUCCCUAAACAGCAUAAAAGGUUACAGAUAUGAGCUAUGGUGUUUAGCACGUGCUGCAGGAAUCAGACAUUGUGUUCUUUUCUGUGAUGUGGAAGAAAGUCAAUGUAGAAUCUGGAAUCAAGAACGAAGGAAGAACAACGAACCUUCAUAUGAUGAUCAUAUAUUUGAAGAUUUAGUAAGAAGAUUUGAAACACCCGAUAGAAGAAACAGAUGGGAUUCACCUUUAUUCGAAUUGUACCCAUUUAAAGAUGAAAUAAGUAAAAACUCCCAAGUGAUUUUAGAACUUGUGGAUUAUAUAACAAAAAGAGUUGACUCAAAGACUAAAGAUGUAAAGAUUUUGCAACCCACAAUAGCGACACAAAAUGUGAGAUUUUCAGAGGCGAAUUCUUUGUAUGAAAUGGAUAGAGCUACACAGGAGGUGAUUGGUGCGAUUGUGGCGGCUCAGUCGGCGGCCAUGGGUGCUCCGGCGGGUGGGGUUGGUGUUGGACCGGAUUUGCCGGUUGUUAAUGUUUCACGGGCGGUUGGGUUGCCGGAGUUGAGGCGGUUGAGGAAGACUUUUAUAAAGUUGACUGGUCAGUCGAGUUUAAGUGGGCCACCACCUCCUUCGGAUGCUGAAAGUGCGAAGAGAAUGUUUAUUGAUUACCUGAAUAGGGAAUUUGGAAGUGGAUGAUGAAGACUGGUUUUUUGGUAAUUUCAUAUGUUUUGUAUGUUAUAUUUUGCAAAAUACCCUUUGAGUGAUUGACUUCUUGAAUAUUAUAACUUAGCGUUUAUAUACUAUAAGGGCUCCAUUUGUUAGUAA